UCAACGUUUUGGUGGCCCAACAUGGAGAAAGAUGUGAACGCACUCGUCAAGAAGUGCAUUGCCUGCAAACGGGCUAAGCUCCACGGCGGCAAGCAAAAAUACGGUCGACUCCCGCCAACCCCUGCCACCAACAACGACAGGCCAUUCGAUGUUGUGCAUGUCGACUUGAUCGGG